AUGCAUAAACUGGCUUAUGAUAGGUACUGCGCGUUUAACUGUGACACCCCCCAUGAGUUCUACUGUCAGAGCGGCAUCUGCCUCCCCCUGACUCACAGAUGUGAUGGUCACGAUGACUGUGGAGACAUGAGCGAUGAAUAUGGCUGCAUUUGCACCAUUCACCAGUUCACCUGCUUUUCUGGGGAGUGCAUUCUCCGUUCUCAGUUAUGCGAUGGAACUCCAGACUGUCCGAGAGGAGAAGAUGAAGGGAAGAACUGUGAGAAUAUGACAACAGCAAUACCCAUGACUACAGUUUCUGUGACGCUCCCGACUACCUGUGCUCCAGAGGAGUUUGUGUGUGAGACCGGAGACUGUCUGCCUGCUGACAAGCUGUGUGAUGGGCAGCCUGACUGUCCUGAUGGGAGUGACGAGAAGGAUGAAUACUGUAUUGUAACAUGUGCCCCAGCCCAGUUCCAGUGCCCAGACGGCACCUGUAUAGAUAUCAGCUGGCUGUGUGACGGCAGCGUAGACUGUGAAGAUGGGACGGAUGAGUUAGACUGUCCCACUACAACACUGCCUCCUACAACAUCAACCUCAACUGUUAGCAUCACAACUACAGAAGGUGUCUGUGAUGACACCAUGUUUGUGUGCAGUAUCCUGUACCAGUGUAUACCUCUAGCAUACCUGUGUGACGGAGAAGUGGAAUGUGAAGAUGGCACAGAUGAAGUCAACUGUACGACCACUUGUUUGCCGAGUCAGUACAUCUGUAAUGAUGGGAAGUGUCUGGACCCAGAGUUCCUGUGUGAUGGAGUUCCACAGUGUGAGGACUCUUCAGAUGAGAGUGUACACAUCUGUGUGACAACCUGUCCCAACAUCACCUGUACUGAUGGGCGGUGCAUCACCCACAGUGACAUCUGUGAUGGAGAGAUGGACUGUUCUCAGGGGGAGGAUGAACAAAACUGCAUCACCUCAGCACCAACCACAACCAGCGUUCCCACGACAACCACAGUGUCGUACAACACGACAACCCUGGUUACCAUGCCAACGGCCGGCCCCUGUCCUGAGUACACCUGCUUCAAUGGGAAGUGUAUCGACUUUGAGCAGGUCUGUAACCAGGUGUACAACUGUAAUGAUGGGGUGGAGACCUAUGACUGGAUCGACUCGGAUGAAUACAAUUGUGGUGGUUUUAACCAGUGGUCCCCCUGGGGUUCCUGUAGCGCCACCUGUGGACCGGGUGUGCAGCGCAGGUACCGACUGUGCUCCGCCCCACCUCCACCUGUACACGACCCCCUACGCUACUGCAACGGAGAGAGCAUUCAGGAACAGGAGUGCUUCCUCAACCCUUGUGAAGUUGAAGUUGAAUGGGGAUCGUGGGAGCGCUGGUCAGAGUGCACCAGUGGCUGCCAUAUUGGGUUCUCUGUUCGCGUACGAGAGUGUCGGAACAAGAUUGGUACAGGAGAGCGGGAGUGUGUGGAAUCAGCUGACCUUGAACCAACACCGUUGGAGUUGAAGGCCUGUAACCGGACCUGUGGGGAGGAGGAAUGUGAGGAUCACCAGGAGUACAGGAACGGAGAAGACUGCCUGGUGUGUCCACUGACCUGUAUGGGGCUGGUGAUGGGCUCUCAGUGUGUGGAUACUACAUGCUCUGCAGGUUGUUACUGUCCAGAGGGUUACUAUGAGCACCAUGGGAUGUGUGUGGUCAAGUCGGAGUGUCCAUGUCUGUAUAACGGUCAGGAGUACCUGAAUGGUCAGCAGGUGGCCACAGGGCCGUGUCACACCUGGUUCAACCAUGCUCCUGCAGCCAAGCUGACACCAAACGUCAUGCUCCGCAUUCCUUUGGACUCUGUCAGUAAGGCCGAGAGGGGGAUCCUGACGAUUGGGCCACCCAGGAUUUCCAUAUUCCGGCCCAGGCUUCGCGCCCUGGAGAGGGAUACUUCAGCCCCGCUGCAAAAAGACAUAAAGGACCAGUUUUAUGAGCAGCUGGACGAACUGAUCAGCAGUUGUCAGAAGGAUGAACCACUGUUCCUAUUGGGUGACUUUAACGCCAGAGUUGGCACAGACCACGAGUCCUGGCCUACCUGUCUCGGACAUCAUGGCAUUGGAAGGAUGAAUGGAAACGGGCAGAGACUGCUGGAGUUGUGCUCUUACCACAACCUCUGCAUUACCAACUCCUUCUUUGAGUGCAAACCACAGCAUAAAGUGUCCUGGGAGCACCCAAGUAUGGAGGAUCUUCCCAUCAUGGAGGAACUGGAUGAACUGCCAACUGUUGAAGAACUUAGCAAAGCUAUUGACUCUCUCCCAUGUGGGAAAGCACCAGGCAGUGACAACAUUCCACCCGAAGCCAUCAGGCAAGGGAAACCAGCCCUCAUCCAGCCACUGUACGAGUUACUCUGUCUCUGCUGGGAGGAGGGGGCUGUCCCCCAAGAUAUGCGGGAUGCCACUAUUGAAAAGAGCAGGGAACAGGGCCAACCCCUAUACAUGCUGUUCAUUGACCUCACUAAAGCCUUCGAUUUAGUGAGCAGGAAAGGCUUGUUUGAACUUCUCAAGAAGAUCGGCUGCCCACCAAAACUGAGUAGCAUGGUGGUUUCUUUUCACACCGACAUGAAAGGGACUGUAUUGUUCGAUGGAUCCUGUUCAGACUCUUUCUCCAUAAAGAGCGGCGUAAAGCAGGGGUGUGUGCUAGCACCGACACUCUUUGGGAUUUUCUUCUCCAUUCUGUUGUCGCAAGCCUUUGACGCAUCCACAGAUGGAGUUUAUCUACAUACAAGGUCUGACGGGAAGCUGUUUAACCUCGCACGGCUUCGUUCCAAGACAAAGGUGAGGACAGUACUCCUCAGAGAGAUGCUUUUUGCAGACGAUGCAGCACUCGCGGCCCACACAGUGGCGGCUCUUCAGAGACUGAGCGACUGUUUUGGUACUGCAUGUAAGCUGUUUGGACUCACCGUGAGUUUGGAGAAAACCUGCGUCUGUGCACAAGGGGUCAGCACUCCCCCAGCCAUCACUAUGGACAAUGUACUCUUAAAAAAUGUGGACAGCUUUACUUACCUUGGCUCUACAGUCACCAACACACUGUCGCUGGACGCCGAACUUGACAAACGUAUCGGAAAGGCCAACACUACAAUGGCUCGACUGACUCAGAGGGUCUGGGAGAACAGAGAUCUGUCACUGCAUACAAAAGUACAAGUAUACCGAGCUUGCGUACUGAGUGUCCUACUGUACGGGAGUGAGGCGUGGAACACAUACCUUUUGAUGUAA